UAUUUGUACGGUAUAUAAGAAUUUCAAGCAGCCCAACCUGACCUAUUUUCUUGCCGUGUAGCUGGCAUCACCUGAGUCGCUUGAAUUACCUACUGCAGGUGUUGGUGUUGACAUUUCGAAAUACGAUCGCGUCGGCAGAAAUUUACAAUACACCUUCGAAAACGACAAUCAACAGAACAAGCAGAUAAGGUAAAUGCGUCGUCACUGGACGGCUUGUGAGGCAUCACGUAUACGCCGCUUUGGCUGGCGUUGCACCGGAGAAUUUCGCUGACCCGUAGAAAUAUGGGAAAGAAAAAAAAACGAAAGAAAAACUAGCAAAAAACAGUAUAACCAGUGAAGAAAAAAAAGAACAAGCGAAUUGUACACCCCGCAUGAGUCAAGGAAUAAUGUUUUUUUUUUUUGGUGUGAAAAUCGCCUCACAAUUUCCCCUGGAUUUAGCACUUUUGGAAGAAGUCAAUAGCCAUGGGUCACGAACUGUGGCUCUAAUCGGGGGCUUAAAUACGUUCUGUUCACAAAAAUGCCUGACUGCCCUUUUCCUGGGUCUUUGAACUAGUGGGAUUUGAAGUGCAGUUGCCAGAAAUGGCGUUGUAUUUGGAUACAAUGGGCACUCGCCUUCUGAAGUUCACCAACGUCAAGUGCAUGGACUUGCCCACAUCUCGUGGUUUCACCAAAUACGAAUACUGUCGUCUGAAGGUGGUGCGCAGGAAUCAGGUGGAACUCUCCCUGAAGGUCAGCCUGUUGCAACUUCCCAUCCGGAACCUGACCACCAGAUUGCAGUGCUUCCAAAGGCGGGAUGGCUAUCGACCCUUCAUGUACAACAUACUCUUUGAUUUCUGCAAGCUUAUGGCCAGCAAGAACUACGACUUGUCCUUCGAACGCUUCAUUUUUGAUGCUAUUCGGAAGCAGAGUAACUUUAAUCAAACGUGUCCUUGGAAGGAGAAUCACAUGACGGUUGAGAAGUUCGCCCUGGAUUUCACAAAGAUCAGCAUGCCAGUGCCCGCGGGAACCUACCGCCUGGAUUUCACCUUUUACGCCUACGGCGUCGCUCGUACAUUGACACAGGUGUUUUUCGAGAAAAUCGAGUGACGCCCGUUUUGUUUUUUUUUGGCGCCCCAGAUUGCGUAAGUUAGGAGCUUAAAAUACAGUCAAUAGAACGGCUGUGCUACGAUUAAUUUGCAUACACUAACGAUCGAUUUGGUUUCCUUGUCGUAAUAAAAGUCUGUGUGGCAAGUUAAAGUCAAUCAAGUCAAUAAACAAUUACGAGCA